AUGUCCCUCCUAGCUAUUCCGAACGAGUUGCUACUACAGAUAAUGAAACAUCUUCGAGAUUCACGACAUGUUCAAGCCCUCCAAUCUGUUGCUCGUACCUGCAAGGAUCUCCGCGAAGUCGCUGAGAUCUACUUAUAUUCUACUGCCGAGUUUACCACACUAUCGUCCCUAUAUCGCUUUCUGGAUGCUGCUACCCAUGCCGACGAGCCUAGUCGAAAAGGCUACCUACGAGAUCUAAAACUUCUAUAUUCCACUAAUCAUUAUGACCCUUAUUACAAUCCGCCUUAUCCUCCGGACCUCACCUUAUUUCCCAAUUUAGAAUCAUUCGUCUCGGAAAGUCCCGAAUGUCAGCCUCGAUCCGUCAAAGGGACUCACUGGGGACUUUUCAAGGAGUCUUACAUACAAGCAUUUACGCAAGCCUCCCUUCUAAACGAAUCCCUCGAAACACCAAGGCCUCUUCAAAGCCUCAGAUCUCUUACGCUCCAUUGGACUGGAACAGAGAGAAGAUUUUGGGACAUAGCGCCGACGUGUCCAAUCUUCUUACUUCCUCGACUACAGUCCUUGGAAAUAUCCUGUGCCAAGAUAGGACAAAAGGAAUCAGCUGAUUGGGAAGUAGAAAAGCUACAAGAUUUUCAACACAAAACUAUGCUCAAAUCCUUAAUCUUUACCGAAUGCGUUGUUUCCAUUAAAGCUCUACAUACCAUUCUCUCAUUGCCGAAAGCGCUACAGAACCUAACUCUUUGUGAGAUGUUUUAUCACCGUUGGAUGAUGGGUGACUCCUUCGCCAUCGAGGAUACUGAUGCAUUUAACCACGCUAUUAGCCAGCAGGCCGAGAGUCUCGAAAGCCUUCAUAUCCACCGUUUCAGCCAAUAUUCACGAGAUGGGAAGACUCUAGUCCUCUCGCUUUCCAAUUUCCCAGCCCUCUCAAACCUUCAGCUUGGACCUUUUCGUCAAACGCAAUUCAAAUACAUCCUUGAUACACCGGUUCCACCGGCUCUAAAAUCUCUACGGCUUGAUGAGUAUGGAAUAUCAAUGUUAGAGAAGGACCGUUCCUGUAAGCUUCUCUCGGGUCUAUCGGUCGAGGAGUUGCUAGCAAAUUCGGAAACUUCCGGCCUGCCAUUCACGCUUGAUAUUUCACUCCAGCAUCUCUCGCCUCUUCUUCGGAGACCACUUUUCAACGGUGACGACGUGCGGCCAAAGAUACGAAAACUUAUAAACAAACUUGGAGGGCGGUUUCAAGAGCUCCAAAACGCUUCCACUCGCCCUCGCUUAGAAGCGAACCCCGAACCUUCUCCAGCUUGUCAAGCAUAUUCGCGUUUGCGCAUUCUCACCAACAAGCCCCGGAAGAAAAUCCCACCAUUCCUACACAAUGAACCGCUACCCAGAUUCGUAGUUCGGUACGAUUCGUCUCACCCAGAGCGAUUUCUCCAUACUCCUUAUACUGCUAACCCAAUCCCUCCCGAUAGAGACUUUAGUAGUGACGACGAGGACAUGGAUAUAGCUUUUCGUGACAACAACUCAGACCUUGAUAUGCAUACCUUUUAA